CGACAAGCAGCAGAGUUCAAAGCUCGAAGUCACGAGAAACAUCUGCAGAAGAAUUGAACAAGAGAACAGAAAGAAAAUACUGUUUCUUGAAAUUCUUCUAAAUUCCCACCAUGAGUACCAUGAAAUUUUGCCGUGAAUGCAAUAAUAUUUUGUACCCGAAGGAAGACAAAGAGCAGAAGAUUCUGCUUUACGCUUGCCGCAAUUGUGAUCAUCAGGAGGUUGCUGAUAACAAUUGUGUCUACAGAAAUGAGAUACACCAUUCUGUGGGAGAGCGCACCCAAGUCUUGCAAGAUGUAGCUGCAGAUCCAACACUUCCACGUACAAAAUCAGUGCGUUGUGCCAGUUGUGGUCAUGGAGAAGCUGUUUUCUUUCAGGCGACUGCUAGGGGAGAAGAAGGAAUGACAUUGUUCUUCGUUUGCUGCAACCCAAAUUGUGGUCAUCGCUGGAGGGAUUAAAAUUGGCGCUUUGCACAACUGACUGCAACUUGAAGACUCAGAUAAAAGCUGACAGCAAUUCUAUGACUAUAUCAACACUCCUUAAAUCACGCUCUGGAUUUCCAGUAGUAGAUCACAAGACCUGAACGCGGAUGGUGAGGUGUGCUUGUAUUGCUGUAUUUCUUGGGAGAAUAUUGCUUUUAAAUUUGACUAUUUUGUGGAGCAAGUGCUGAUAUUCAGUUUAUGCCUUUCAUUCACUUGAAGAAGCUACUAAACAUUUUCCAUUUGUGCAAGCUUAAGAAAUUCUAUCCUUCAUUCAACUGUGUGCCUCUACUAAAUGGAGAGGAUAACCCUUGUUCCA